AUGGGUUUACCGACGGACCCUUCCACCCAGCACGACGCUGAUGAUCAUCCCUAUCCUUCCGACAUCGCCCUUCCUCCCUCUCGCACCAACACCUUUGAGUCUCCUGGCGAAUCUCCUUCAAGAACCUCUACGGACGCCGAAUCUCAGCUUGAAUUGGCCUCGCGUCACAGACACAAGCGCAGCCUGGAUGUCAAGGAUGAUCGCCCCUCCGACGCUCAAGUCUCACCCUCACGGGAUCGCUCUCGACCAAAUGGAAAGCAGUCCAACAGGACAUGCGCAAAGUGUGGCGGUCAUCUGACUGGCCAAUUCGUACGCGCUCUGGGCGGCACAUAUCACCUUGAGUGCUUUACAUGCCAUGUCCGUAGUGCUGAAACGUGA